CUUUCUGCAGCUGAGGAAGCAGUGGUGGUUUGCCUGGGGAGGGGUUGAAUAGAAAGCUUCACGAUACUGACACAGGAGGGAAAUAUGACUACAUAAGUUGAGGGGAAGCAAAUCAGCAUUUGGAGGUUAAAAUAUUGCCCAAAUGCACAGUAGUGUGUUCUAGUUUCACAUGUCGUCAGAUCCUGUAUUGCUACGAGGAGCUCUGAGGUUACUCUUGCUGACUAACUAUCUGCGUCAUCAGAUAACAGGCUUGCCUGCAGAGAAAUUAAUAUUAAAAGAGGGUAUUUCCACAAUUGUCGGGUUGGGCCGUGAAGUUUAAUCAUCCAAGUGGAAACACUACAGCAGGCUAUAUCUGCUCAAGAGGGCUAUAUCUGGCUCUGACGCGGAUGGAGACUCUGUGGAGAUCGGGAUCAGGAGAAGGGGGAUCUUAGCAGCACGCAGACAACCUUUAUUAUCUCCCUUUUUGUUCUUUACUCCUUCAGCUGCUCUAGAGGACUAAAGAGGAGCUCUGAGUCUGGGUCCAUUAAAGGGGAGGGUUAAAGAGGAGAGGAGGAGGAGACAGGAACAAAAAGAAGACAGCGAGGCAGAGAGGCAGAGAGACAGAGAGAAGAGGACCAGUGAGAGUGACAGAUGAUCAGAGACUGCUGUUUAAAGAUGGAUUUAAGUUUGCUUCAAACUCUGGAGAGAGAAAGAGUCCUGGAGGUUCUUCGGAGAGACAAACAGUUGCGUACCAUUGAGGAGGACAGAAUAAGGAGGAUGAAAUAUGAGCUGCAGGAGUUGCGGAGGAGAGGAGCCAAGAGUUACGCCCGGCAGUAUGGCGAGCGGACCUGCGCCCGGUGCCAGAGGCCGCUGGGAAAGUUCUGGAACUCGGGUGCAGUCUGCCGCGGCUGCAGCCACCGCAUCUGCAGCAGGUGCCGCGUGGGCGUGGGAGCAGCGGACUGGAAGUGCACGGUCUGCCACGCCUACAGGGAGGUGAAGAUCAGGUCUGGAGAGUGGUUUUUAGAGCAGAGGGCACAGAAAUUUUCCGUCAUCACAGACAAAUAUGAGACGGUUGGAGAGAAGCUAUUAAAUACCUACAAUGUGCUGAGUCAUAUAUCCAUUGUACCUCCCACUCCUCCACCCCACUUGGAUUAUCAGUUUCUCAGCAGAUCUGGGGAUUUCAAAAACUCCAAACCUUUCACCAAAUCCGUGGAAGAUCUAAUGGUCUCCUUCACCAGCCAUAUUAAAAAGAUUUCCACUUCUCAGAAUGAUGUGCGAGAAGACCUGCUGAGUGUCGACAACAGCCGGAGAGGGUCGUGCUUCAGCACCCAAAAGAGCCUGUCUGACACUGACAUCAACAAAUCCAGCAAACUCUUUAAAGGCCCCAGUCUUCCAAACCUGUUCAAGAAAAGCAAAGACAGCGACCACGAAGGCUCCUCCACCGGGGCAGAAGAGGAAACUUCCUUCGGUUCUGAGUACUCAGGAGGAAAGAGAGGCAGCAACAGCAGCAUCAGCACCGACUGCGGCAUGUUCGAGAGUGUCAGCGUGGCGGGAGAGCUGGAGCUGGCUCUGGCCUACAACAGCAGCACCUCCUGUCUGGAGAUCACAGUCGGCGCAUGCAGAAAUCUCACCUAUGGAGACCUCAAGAGGAAGAAGUGUCAUCCAUAUGUCAAACUCUAUGUGCUGCCGGAAAAGAGCAGCAAAAUGAAGACGGCAGUGAAGAAAAACACGACUGAUCCGGUUUAUAAUGAAGUUUUGAAGUAUCACAUAGAGCGCCACCUGCUGUUUGGAAAGAGACUGCAGGCCUCUGUGUGGCAUUCAAGGACCCUGAAAAGGAAGACGUUUCUCGGUGAGGUCCUUAUCCCGCUGGACGGCUGGAGGUUUGAGGACAAGGCCUCCCAGUGCUUCAACUGGUACCCACUUUGUCCGAAGACUGAGGAACCAGAGGGAGGCGCUGUGGAGCAGGAUGGAGGAGAACUGCUGGUUGGAGUCAAGUUCAGCUCCGGCUACCAGGGUGAGCUCCUGCGGCUCAGCUCCCUUAAAUCUCUGCAAGAAAAAGACACACGUCUGUCUGUUCGCAGAAUCAUUUAAUUUAUUGUGAUCAUGAGUCUAUGACAACAAAACAUCUGUUGGUCAUCCUUAAAUCCUAAAAUCAAGUCCUUGAUAAAGGAUGAUGUUGCACAAAAAACACUACAUAAUGUCAGCGUUUUUGUUUAUUUAUUUGUGUUUAUCUAAUCAGUGUUGACCCUUACAGACCAUACGGAUACAGUUAAAUCUUUUAAUUUAAAAUAAAAUAUAAAUAUCACCAAA